AUGGAUAAUCCAGAAGUAGAUCUUGAUGACGAAGAUAUAACGAGUCAAAGAUUUGAUGUCACCCAGGUAGACUUUCGAUAUAUCCUGAUCCCGUAAUGACAACAUAGUUUUACGGGUUCAUUGAGGUUAUCAUCAGGUUGGAGUCGACAGUAUGAGAUUAGGCAGGGAAUUAAGAUGAGGCUAGGAUUAUAUAACGGAUUAAGGUUCUUUUGUGUCGAAGUCAAUAGUACCACUCUAUAUAUUGCCCUAGGAACAAAGCAAUACUCUGCGGUUCGAUUAAAGUGUAAAAUGGCCUUUACACUUAGGAUUAGCAUUAGGUUUAAGCGUUAGGAUUGGUGAUUAGGAUUGUAAGGAUUAAGAACAGUCUAAGGAUAUAUUGCAAAUUAAAUGUGUUUAUAAACGUGAUAAUCAUCCCACAGGUUGCAGCGAAACGAGAAGCAAGAAAAUACCCAACAGAUACAGACGGUCUAGGAUAUGAAACACCCAGCACAGCAGAGAACACCAUGGGUUAUACCAGCACAAAUGAAGCAGUUCCCAUGACAGUAUUUUAUCGAAAUGAUUCAUCUAAGAGACAUUUACCUGGAGGAAAAAAUUCCAUCAAAUCUCGACCGACCUUACAUCAGCUGAGAAAAAACUUUGAAAAAGAUGGAAAUAUUAACAGUGACACUGAAACGCAGGCUCAGGUAAACGUUUAUUGCCGGGUUUUUAAGUCGCAUUUGGUGAACGAGCCGCACUCAACUGCAGUACUUCCCCCACGGUGCACCAUAUAUGAUCAGCAUGCAUGCAUGGGUAACUUGUGAGUAUUUUGAUCACUCUCUAUAAGCCCACAUUUCUUGCCUGGGAAAAGGCUUUAAACUCUCCCCAUACUAUAGUCCUUGAAAUGUGACAUGAGGUCAUAUAUACAUUGUAAAAAAUCCAGUAGAGUAAACUCACUUUUCGGUAAGUUGAUUACUUUAUCGUGGGUUCAUUGUUGGUUACUACACUUGCAGUAUAAAAAAUUGAAGGGAUAGUAAAGUGGUUGAAGAAAAUGUGGAUAUACUUGAACAAUAAAAGGUAAAAAUGAAUAAAACAGUUAAUAAGCUCAGUUCAUUUUGAUUCAAUUUUAGACUCGAACACAAGGUGAUGAAGACGUUGAAGCUGCACCAAGAAGCAAACCGUUGAAAGCUCCAACGAAAUUCGGUUGGAUAAAAGGUGUAUUUGUGCCAUGUUUAUUAAAUAUCUGGGGUGUCAUGUUGUUUCUUCGCUUGACUUGGGUGGUUGGUCAGGCUGGGAUUGCCUUCUCAACGGUUAUUAUUUUGCUUUCUGCCUUCGUAACAACCUUGACUUCCAUUUCCAUGUCAGCUAUAUGUACCAAUGGACAAAUUAAAGGAGGUAUGACUUAAUAAGAACUUUAAAAUUACUUACAUAGAUUGUAGAACUGAAUAGUAGGUUCUCAGUUCUACCAACUGAAUUGAGGAGAGAAGGAAUGGCUGCCCCUGGCCCUUACAUGCACUUUUCAUAGUCAGCGCACUGCGCAUGAUUAUUAUCUUUAGAUUCACGAUAUCGAUCCCAUUUUUGUGACUCUAAAUCCGAUAAAAAAAACAUGCGAUUUAAAUCUUACUAUUUAACAAUGAAAUGUAGGAAACAUUCGGGCCUGGUGGUAGGCAAACGGACAAACGUUCGAGGAAGCAUUAGAAUUUCCAAGUGGGACAAUGUUUUUUAGAUUUCCCAGGCCCCAAGGCCAAGGCGUGACAAGAUUGAAGUCUCAUUGAUUAAUGAGAAGCAAAUUGUAUUCAGAGACAGAAUUAAUGUUUUGUUUUUAUGUUGCACAUAUAUUCAAGCGUAGAACAUAGCACUUUUUCUCAGCUAGUCUAAAAUGAUUUUUUUAAAUAUCUUUUCUUUGUGUUCAGGUGGAGCGUACUAUCUUAUCUCACGUAGUUUGGGUCCAGAAUUUGGUGGUUCUAUUGGUCUGGUCUUUUCAUUGGCAAAUGCAGUUGCUGUGGCAAUGUAUGUUGUCGGUUUUGCUGAAACUGUUGCAUACUUGUUGGUUGAAAAUGGUUCUGUGAUGAUAGAUUACAUCAAUGAUACUCGAAUAGUAGGUUUAGGUACAGUUGUGAUAUUGUUAGGUCUCACACUGGUUGGUUUGGAGUGGGUAUUAAAGGCACAAUUAGGCCUACUCUUUCUUCUCUUAUCUGCAAUGGUAAGCAUUAUUAUAGGAUUCUUUGUAGGUCCUCUCUCUUCUGAUGUAGAGUCAAAGGGUUUCAUUGGUGUGAGUUCCUCAGCGCUUAGUGAAAACUUUUCCCCCAGUUACACUGGAAAGGAGAAUUUCUUCUCUGUGUUUGCUGUGUUCUUCCCAGCAGCCACUGGCAUUCUUGCAGGAGUAAAUAUUUCAGGAGAUUUAAGAGAUGCACAAAAGGCGAUCCCCAAAGGAACAUUUCUUGCAAUCGGGAUAACUGGGGUGGUUUAUGUACUUCUGGGUAUAAUGGCUGGAUCUUGUGCUGUACGUGAUGCUACAGGAAUUGUUAAUGAGACGAUUACGUGUGCUAUGAUGGAGUGCAAGUAUGGAUUGAAUAACGAUUACCAGGUAAAGGUUUUUAAAUUGCUUAGCUGCUAAGUAUAUAAGAGUUAAUGCUUCCUGUAGGACUAAGGUAUAUAAACAAUAAAAGAAAAAAUCACUUUUGUUCACUGAAAACUGAAAAAUACUUGACAAGGACGUUUUCUCCUAUAGUAACAGGCCCUGACAAAAACAGGUAGUUUAAACAAUAAGCAGAACGGAUUGAUCUAUAGUACGCAGUAUGGCUGAAGUUAAUUUAGUUACGUUUAUGCCAUUCUUGUUCCCAGAGCAUCUUACGGCAACACAGGCAGCCUGUCAAGCCUUGAGAACGAUGAGGCGUUUAUGCUAAAGCAUGAUAACCCCUGGGUAACAUAUACCUUAUUGGAUAGACACUACUUUACCAACUACAAAUUCCAAUAUUAGCAUUUCCUGCUGAUUUAGCAUUUCCUUAUUUUCAAAGAUGAUGCAAAAGAUUUCAGUCUGGGCGCCAUUGGUCAUCAUUGGUAUUUUUGCUGCAACAUUAUCCUCUGCACUUGCCAGUUUGGUCGGAGCCCCUAAAGUUUUCCAAGCUGUUUGUCGAGAUGAAAUAUUUCCAUAUAUCACGUUUUUUGCCAAAGGAAGUGGACCUAAUGACGAACCACGAAGAGCCUACAUUCUUGUCUUCUUCAUUGCUGCUGGUUUCAUUGCAAUUGCUGAACUUAAUGUGAUUGCUCCAAUCAUUUCCAACUUUUUCCUAAUGUCGUAUGCUCUAAUCAAUUAUGCUGUGUUUGCAGCAUCUUUGGGUCGAUCACCAGGUUGGAGACCAUCGUUUAAAUAUUACAACAAAUGGGUUUCCUUAUUUGGAGCAUUGUUAUGUAUUGGUAUUAUGUUUCUUAUUGAAUGGUGGGCAGCUUUAGUUACAAUUGUCAUCAUUGGAGCUCUUUAUAAAUAUGUCUCGUAUAAAAAGCCUGAGGUAAGAGUAACCAACGUACUAAUCGAGUUAAGUGCUGCUCCGUAUAAUUUAUCUGUAUAACUUUGGCCUUAAUUAAGCAUAAUUUGGAGAUUAAUAUAUUAUUUCGGGAAAUAUUAAACAAUCCUUAUUAGAAGUUUCCGUAAGGACAAGUUCGACUGUAUCAUAGUUUCAUUUACGUAUAGAAUAUGUUAUCAUCUUUCAAUGCAAUUGACGGUAUACAUUUUUAUAACCUUUUAGAUGGUGUUUACAUUUAACAGUCCCGAUUUUUUACCAGAAUUUGGUAUUCUUCUGUAUUUCAGGUGAACUGGGGUUCCUCGACACAAGCAGUCACCUACCGUACAAUCCUGACCAUGAGUUACCAAUAUAAUUCCAUAGCGGAUCACGUGAAGAACUUUCGUCCCCAGUGCCUUGUCCUAUGUGAUUCACCUCACGAACAAAGUGAUUUGCUACAUUUGGUGUCGCAUGUAACAAAGAACAACGGUCUUAUGAUUUGUGGCCAAGUGAAGGAUGAAAGCUCUGUUAGUAAUCAACACGCUGAUUAUGAAAAGGCGAAUGCAUGGCUUCUUCAAAAUAAGAUCAAGGCAUUUCAUACCAUUUCUACAGGUAGAUCGAAACUAGCCCCAUUAAAGAGUAAAAUUGUCUGGCCUAAACCGAAAUGAAAUGCUGAAAUCCCAAAUGGACUGUAGAGUCUAGGACUCUACUGUCCAUUUGGGAUUUCAGGAAAGGGAUGAAAAAACAGUUUUUUAUUCAAUAAUUGAUUGAAUAAAUUCGCUACGGUUAGGACGAACCAGUGAGCUCUACAUAUAACUGGAGCGAGAACUCAAGUCCAAAAAGUGAAGCCAAGAUGGUGGAAAUUGAAGAGUUAUUGGACGUUAGUUCCAGUCUCUUUCAAUUGUUAUUGUCUGCGCGGUUAACACGAUACUGGCAAUGAGUGUGCCGAAAUUUGUAUUUUUAUAUCGAUUUAAAGCAUAACACACAGGUUUUAUGAACUGAUUACUUGUUUAGCGAUACGGUCCGGUCGAGAAAAACUGGGAAAAAUCGCUAUUGGACGCCAAUUUCCGUCAUCUUGGCUUCACUUUUCUCAUAGGACGAAUGACUGAAGUUCUUGCUCCAGAAAUAUAUAGAGAGCUCAUUGGCACCAUCUGACAGAACCAUCUGAAAUGACUUUGAACCACAUGACGACGACGUCACAACUUUAAACUAUCUUCACGUGCCACCAGACAGACCUUGUAUGUACAACCUGCUAAAUUUUACACCAUUGUGCAUCAUAAGCCGUAAAUUACGGGCUAAUACCACACGACAACCACCCGACAACGUAACAAACCAGUUAACAUUACAUCUGGCAAACAGUACACAAAAUAACCAGGGUGUUUUCAAUCGAGUGAGAUGCCAACAAAAUCUUGAUAUUUACCAAUAACCUAUUUACCAAUAACCUAAUAAUCUUGCCCGGUGUGGAUAUACACUCAGAGUAACAUCACAAGCAUCAUAUUCACCUGAGUACAUUACACCAACACAGAAAAAAUCUUUAUUGGUAUUAAAAUCUGUUUACUCCGUUAUUCUUUCCUAUUUAGCUCAUGAUCUCCGACUCGGUGUGAAGUGCUUACUUGAAUGUACAGGCCUUGGUAAGAUAAAACCCAACACUGUUUUCCUUGGCUUCAAAACAAACUGGCGAGAAUCAAUCCUGAAGGAACAACCAGAUGAUGGGAAUAAAUCUUUGGAAGAAACGAAAACAACGAAGAACUAUGUGAAUAUUAUUCAAAAUGCAUUUGAUCAUCAGUUUGGUGUGGCUAUCCUUAGAACCAAUUUUGAUAAAGAAAUGAAAAUUUUACGUAUUGUAAACGAGAAACGCGAAGGAACCAUUGAUGUCUGGUGGUUGUUUGAUGACGGUGGCCUCACUCUGCUUAUCCCGUAUUUGUUAAGUCAAUCUCGGUUUUGGAAGCAAUGUAAACUGCGAGUCUUUACUCCACAGGCGACAACGAAAGAAAGUUCUAUCAGUUCUAGUAAGAUUCGUAUGGUCAAUUUACUGAAAAUGUUCCGUAUCGAUGUUUCGUGUGUGGAAGAAUUUGACGGAUUAUACGACAAACCAAGUUUAGAGAACAUGCAAACAUUCAAAAAUCUGGCCGGGCAUUCUGUCGAGGGAGAACAUAAAAAGAGAAGCUUACGUCAUAUCCGGUUAGGUGAAUUACUAAGAGAACACAGUAAAGAUGCGAGUUUAAUUGUGAUGACGUUACCUGUGCCCAGUGAAGCAGUUGAACCUACGAUGUACAUGAGUUGGUUAGAGAUGAUGACUAAAGAUUUACCUCCUAUCUUGUUGAUUCGUGGUAACCACACCAACGUACUUACCUUCUAUACUUAGGACGAAAUAUAUUUAAAUAUUUUCAGAUUGAAAACACUUAAUUACAUACAUUAUUACUGUACUGGGGUCAUGUAAUCGAACAUACAUAGUUUACAAUAACUUAGUUAGUUUUAUAAUCUGUUAGUUUAUCAAUAUUACUUCCAAGUUUUUGGGAACACUUUAGUAUAUUAAAUGUAAGAGAAUAUCACCACUG